UAUUUUCUCUUUUUUCUCUUGCACCGCCACCGAGAGAAAGAGAUCUCGAAGCGGAGCUGCUUUUAUCUCACGCGUCAGUCAGUAGGAUCAGGUACACUGCGCAGCGCCGCGUGGGACUCGAGCUGUACUUCACCAACAACCAGACGGCAGUUCCAGUCCAGAGUCUGGAGGCAGCAGACAUCAACACUAUGGAGCACAGCGGAACGAGCUGAUCCUUCUCUCCCGGUCCCGACCUGGUCCUUACGGAACUGUCCAGAGACCAGAGAGAUGAUUAAGUAAUGUGGAUUAUAUAUAGUCACUCACUGUCGUAUUGGACGGAUACAACAGCUGAACACGACGCGGUUGCAAAAGGAUUUCGACUUGAAGACUGAAGAGAUCGUUUCGAAGUAAGGAGGGAUAUCUCUCUGCCCGGGUGGAAGAGUCGCUCAGGCAGGCUGCUUGUUGGGAUUUGAUUUUAGAACUGCAUAAUAUUACAACUACAACACUUCUAGGCGGAUGUAUAUAUAUAGAGAGUGUUUUUUUAGGAGCGGUUUUGAGGAACAAUUUUGUUUAUUUUUAUGGUGAUAAUUAACUCUUAUAAAGGAUCGCUUUCAAAACGGAAUCACACAAAAAGGAUUACAAUCCUUGGGACAGCGAGAGGUAUAUCUGGGGUUGUUUCUAUGGUGACGGAGGCAGUGAUUCUGUUGGAUACCCAUGAUGCACCGGUAUGAUGCCUGAGUCGGAGACAGGUCUAGUAGCUCAGCACAUCACUGUGGUGACCAGAGGAAUAGUUGCUAUGUGGUGUUCUCUCUGGCUCUCCCUCCUCCUAUUCCCUCUCUCCGUCUCUACAGCCAGAUUACCCACAGUACUGCCCACAGACUCUGUGUUCCUGGAGGACUAUGUGGUCUCUACUGGGGACACCCUGGAUCUGUCCUGUAACCCCGACGGCCCCGCCCAAGCUGUCCUCUGGUUCAAGGAUGGCAGCGGCCUGUUGCCUAGCAACCGGACGCGAGUGGACCAGAGGGUUCUACGCAUCAUCAACGUGUCUUACGAGGACUCCGGCAUGUACUCCUGCCACGUCACUCACGACAACAACCUGCUCAGCAACUACACAAUCAGAGUGACAG